GCAGUGCAGAUGGAUGAAUCUGGAAAAAGGGCGUUUAGUUUCACAUUUAAGUAACGGGUUCCACAAAAAGCACAACGAACUGAAACCGUGGAUUUUGGGACACAGGGGUUUCUUUAGCGUCUUCUUACUGAGCAAAUAUAAACCUUGAAGGAUGAUUUUAUUUGUGACUCUCCUGAUCCUCUUCAGCUUUAUGGAAUCUCAAUCAGAGCAUUUAAACCUGGUUGGUCCAGAAGCUCCUCUUGUUGCUGUAGCUGGUGAAGACCUGGUUCUGCCCUGUUUUAUCAGACCCAACACUAGCGCUGUGGACAUGACAGUGGAGUGGUUCAGACUAUAUGUAGACGACUCAUUAGUUCAUCUCUAUAAGGAUCAUGAAGACAGAAAUGAAAAGCAGGCUCAGUCGUACAGAGGAAGAACUUCAGUUUUCAAAGAGGAGCUACAGAAAGGCAACGCUUCACUCAAACUCUCAGCUCUCCGAGUCUCUGAUGAAGGAGAAUAUAAGUGUCUUGUUGAUGACAAAUCCUGGUCCGAUGACAUCACUGUUCACAUCACUGUGGAGGUCCUGGGAAGCCACCCGGUGAUCACGAUGGAGAGUUAUGAUAACUCAGGAGGGAUUAAUCUACUGUGUGAGUCCAGAGGCUGGAAACCUGAACCUGAUGUUCUGUGGCUGGACAGAGAAGGAGCCACUCUGCCUGCUGAAGCUACACAGACACACAGAGACACUGAGGGCUUCAGUGUGAAACGCCGCAUCACUGUUUAUGAUUAUAGCGACUCCAACAGAUUUUACUGCAGACUUCAGCAAAAACAUCACAUGAUGGAGACAGAGAUUAUCAUUAAUCGUAAAGUCUUUGAUACUUGGAAGUGGGCUGUUGGCAUUUCAGUUUCAGCAUGUCUUAUUGCUGUCGGAUUGAUAGUAACUGCAGUUGUCUGUUACAAGAAAGCAUCAGAGCUUCGACAGGUGAAACAAAAUGCAGCGCUUAAAAAGAGGAAGAAGCUGUUUGCAGUGGAUGUGACUCUGGAUCCUGAUACAGCUAAUCCUGCACUCAUCCUGUCUGAUGAUGGAAAACAAGUGACACUUGGAGACACACAAAAGAAUCUCCCUGAUACACCACUGAGGUUUAAAUUUGCCAGUGCUGUGGGAAAGCAGAGUUUCUCCUCAGGGAGAUUUUAUUAUGAGGUGCAGGUCAGCGGGAAAACUGAGUGGACAUUAGGAGUCGUGAGAGAGGACAUUAACAGGAAGGAGUGGAUUCCACGGAGUCCUCAGAAUGGUUUCUGGACUGUGGGCCUGAGGAAUGAGAAUCAGUACUGGGCUUAUGCUGAUGCUGCUGUCUCUCUCACACUGAGAGAGAAGGUGGAGAAGGUGGGGGUGUUUGUGGAUUAUGAGGAGGGUCUGGUCUCCUUUUAUGAUGUGAAGUCCAGCUCUCAUAUCUACUCUUUCACUGCUCAGUCUUUCACUAAGAAGAAACUCUAUCCAUACUUCAGUCCUCGAUACAAUGAAAGAGGUGAAAAUUCAGCACCACUGAUCAUCACUGCUGUUACUGAAUAAAUAUCUGUUUUAUAUUCUAUAACACUUGCCUACACAGCUGCCUAUAAUCAUCACUUCCUUUUAUGUUCAUUUUAUAUUAAAUAAACAUAAUAAACUCUGUAACAUAUAAACUAUAUAAUGAAGUGUGUUUACAUGAACAUUAAUAAUACAAUCAUUAUCUGAUUUCAGCAGUUAAAUCAGAUUAAAGAUGAUAUUAGAUUUCUAGAAAUUCUAUAAAGACAUAUGGAUGUUAGUCCAGUUACUGCAUUAUUCAGUGUUUGCGUACUGUUAAUCUGAUUUCUCUUAGAAACUCUGAGAGAAUGUAGAUGCCUCAUGAAGCUGAGUCAGACAUGUCAGUGACGCCGCCUUUGUGGAAGCGCAACUUUCCUGCUCUUUCACUUGAGUUGAAUUUAGAGCAUUAACUAACAUUUUCUCCACCACUAAGAAUCACCACUUAUUAUAGGUGAAGCCCUGACAUUUUGUGUGUGUGUGUGUGUGUGUGUGUGUGUGUUUGUGUGUGUGUGUUUAUGUGUGUGUUUUAGGAGGGAUUGUAUGGCAGGAUUGUUUAGGAUACUGUUUUGUGGUGUUUAUUUUUUCCUGAACAUGAUGUGAGUUCUUACUGAAUGUUCUUAAUAUUUGGGAAAUGUUCAGUAAGGUUUGUAUUGUGAUCGGAUGUGUAGAUGGAUUUGAAUUAUUUUUUGCACUUUUACAUAAUCAUACAUGAAAUUGAUUUAUUGUUAUUAGACUAUUAUUAUAGGUAUUUUUAAUAUGUGUUAUAAUCGCUCAAAACAACACCAUCUCAGUUUAUAAUCAUUUCUGUCCAACUGAACAAAGCCUCAGUGAUGAAAUUUCCAGAAUUUUAACUCAAUCAAAAUAUUAACAGUGCAUGUGUCUGUGUGUGUGCAUUACCUGUGAUCUGCAGAAACUGAUGAUGGCUACAACACAGAGAAUUUGGGGGAAAUUACUUUGAUUUGAUCAGGUUAGACCUGCAUCUCUCCACAGAUCUGCAAUUUUUAAUCUGAGCUCCUAAUAUGGAAGAUGCUCUGAUAUAUGGCAUUAGUUAGCAAAUGUGACUAAUGUGAUAUUUACUCUCUCAUUUAUGGAUGUCAUGCAUGAAGAAGGGAGAGAAUUUUUUAUUAAAGGUUCCCUGUCCUUAUGGAGGUAUUUUUGUUACAUAAUUUGCAAAUACGAAUAUGAGCACAAAUAUGGUGGACUUCAGGACAGUGAGUAAUUUAAUGUCUCUGGAUCCACCAUGACCCUGACCAGGAUAAAGCGCUUACUGAAGAUGAAUGAAUGAAACGACUCACUUCCCUAAAGUCCUCCAUGUUAACUUCUCACAACACUCUCGUUCCUCCCACCAGCUGAGAGAGAAAAUUAAUCACUGAGAAUUGCUGAGGAUCAGUACUGCCCCACUGUCACUGACUGACACAAAGCUCCUCAUUCUCAAAAGUGUUUGGGAGAAACACCGUUAAGAAAUACAUCAAUCUUAAAAGCAAACAAGCAAGCAAGCAAGAAAAAAAUGUUGAAAGACAGAAUUUAAUAUAAAACAUAAUUUGAAAAUGUAGAUCAAUUACUAUAAAAUGCACUGGUAUUGUACAAUAAGUCUAUAUAUUGUAUUCAUUUAUAUUAAAACUAUUUUAUUUGAUCUUAUUUUAUUUUGAUCAU